AUGAGUGCCCGUCAACGGCAUUCGAGGAUCACUACCGACGACGGAUGGACCACCAUUUCCAACUCAAAUUCUCGAAAGAGCAAGACUCAAAAUGGAAAGAACAACAAUAAUAAAAAGAAAGGCAGCGGACAGAAGCAAAACUCCAUCGAGAAAAAGAACGACAAUGCAUCUUCAGCAGCAGAAAAUACGACGGAAAGGGGAAAAAAUAAUUCUGCGCUUUUAGCGCAUAAAUCCGACUUAGACUUCCACAGUAAAUCAGAAGUCGUUACUGAUGGGAAAAUAGACAAUGCAGAGUUGGAAAAGGUUAGGACGAGAGUUGAGAAGCAGAUCGCGGGGUUUAUGGCUUCGGAAUGCUGUGGGAAGGUGAAGGAGAUGGUUAGAGGGGAGUUUGGAGUUACUACCCCUCCUUCUGUCGAGGGGGGUGGGAAUGAGGAGAAUGGAAAGAAGGAAGGGACUAUCAAGAAGGUUCUUAUUCUGGCUCUUGGAUCGCUAUCCGAGACUUUUAAGGCUGCACCAGGGUACCAACUUGCUGCAAUACUAUCGAUCAUUGAGGUUCUUAAAGAAUCCUACGGGUGUCAAAAUAAGUCUACAGAUACCGAAGUCCCCGAAAAGGAGGAAGAAAAGGAAACAACAGAAAAAAAAGAGGAACAUAUUGAUACCGAUGAUACAAAUCUAUCAAUCCUUUCUUACGACCCAAUCUACACUCCAAUCGACAUCUCCAUCCUCUCAAGCUAUAAUAUCACCACCGUCUCCGCUUCUUCUCUCCCAACAACCUCAAUAAAUCAAGACUCUUGGGACAAAGAUUGGUAUGAAGAUGCAGUGGUUUAUAUGCCACACGCCUCCGUAUGGCUGAAUCAUAAGUAUCUCAUGUAUAAGCCUAAAGUAUGGAUUGGAAAUACAUUCGAGGUUUAUGAAAAUGCGGUCAGUGGGGGUGGGGAGGUUGAUGAAAUGUUGAAGGAGGCGGCGAGGGUUAGAAAGGAGGAAGGGUAUGUGAAGGUGGAGUGGCCGGAGGAAGGAUGGGGUGGUGGAGCGGUUUUUAACAAUUUGGUGGUUUAUGUUAGGAGGGGGAGUACCGGGGUAGAAGUGACGGGGUGA